UUGGAAGUUGAGUGAGUCAGCCGUCAGGUAAUCAGCCCACUCAUCUUACCUAACUUUCUCGUUUCCUCCACACCUUUCCUUUGGACUUUAGAAACCCAAACUGCCCUUUCAAGUCGGUCACUUCUUCUCCUAUGUAGUCAACCCCUUUUGUAGCGAAACAAGGCAAAUCAAAAUCUUGCGUUUUCUCUUCUAUUGCAAUCAGUUGUCUCAUAGCCUUUUCAAAGAUGCAGAUCUUCGUGAAAACCUUGACCGGCAAGACCAUAACUCUGGAGGUCGAGAGUUCUGACACGAUCGACAACGUCAAGGCCAAGAUCCGGGAUAAAGAAGGGAUCCCUCCUGACCAGCAGCGUCUUAUUUUCGCUGGGAAGCAACUUGAGGACGGGAGGACCUUGGCUGAUUACAAUAUCCAAAAGGAAUCGACCCUUCACCUUGUUUUGAGGCUUCGUGGAGGAAUGCAGAUUUUUGUCAAGACCUUGACUGGAAAAACAAUCACCUUGGAGGUGGAAUCUUCGGAUACAAUUGACAAUGUCAAGGCAAAGAUUCAGGACAAAGAAGGAAUACCGCCAGAUCAGCAAAGGCUUAUCUUUGCCGGUAAGCAAUUGGAGGAUGGGAGGACUUUAGCUGAUUAUAACAUUCAGAAAGAGUCUACCCUUCACCUUGUUCUUCGCCUCCGUGGUGGGCAGUAAUUAUUCUAAAAGAAAGGAACUGUCUUUGUUUUUAGUUAAGAUUGUUGUAAUUUUUAAUGUUUGAUUUCUGGGUCUUAUCUCUUUUGUAAGAUGUUAAUGUUAAGUUUCUUUAAGUGUCCUCUGGAAUAAAAGUUUGAUGAUCGUUUCUUACCUCUUUUUCUGCCCUGUUUUUUUCGAAACAAAUGCCUUCGAAUCGUGAAGAUGGAAAAUAAUUGAAUAAUCUCAUUAA